AUGUCCGAUCCCAUUCCCAAUGCCCCCUACACUACCAUCCUCAUCGCGUUCGUCAUCGCGGUCCGAAGCUUCUCGCCCGUCUUCGUCGCGUCUCGCAUCCGUCGCCCGAUCCACGUCGGCCCAGGAACUUCUCCAACGUACCAAGAGACAGAGGAAGGCAAGCCCCCUUGGAAUGCGGCCUCCAUCCUCACGACGGGCGUCCCCGACGAGAGUAAGACCGUGAGCGCGCUUGAAGUCUCUUGA